AUGCGGCGGAUUGACAAAACCACCUCCGAGAUCUGGGGCCCGCCCGUCUUCGCCCACCGCCGGGCCUCCGUUGAGCAAAGAGUCACGGGCCAAAACGAAGACAUGCUCCGCACAUUCCACCCAGCCUUGCGCUCCGAGCCCGAAGUCUUCGCACUCACCCGGAAAGGCACCGGCCACCAAGUCUGGCUCGUGUUCCCCCGAAAAGGCGACAGCGGCCCCUUCGCUCAUAUCGGCGGCCGCGCAGUGCAUACACAGCCCUUCUUCGAGACACCAGCCGAGCACGGAACGAGGUUCGCGAAGAUGGUGGAUGACCCCAUACCGCGUCAGAUCGAUGUGCAGGCGGCCUUGGCUCCGGAAGACCUUGCGCAGAUCAAGGCGGCUUUUCCGCGGGCCAUCGGAAUUCAGAUCUUUCAGUGCGAGUGUGCAAUCGUCUUCUUUGAUCGAAGGGAGGAUAUGCUGCGUUCUUGGGAAGAUGGGACACCGCCCAGUAUUGGUGGGCUUAUGGUUGGAUAUCGGUGUUAG